CCCAGCGUGCCGCGCGGCGGCCGCGCUACGGCUGGCGGCGAGGGCCAUGGGGCGCGCGGGGAUGGCGCGCGUGGCGCACGUCGUGGCCGACACCGGGGCCUUCGUGUGCGGGGCCGCGCUGCAGGAGGUGGCGCUGAGCGUCUACACCGUGCCCGAGGUGCUGGCCGAGAUCCGCGACCGGCCGACCCGCCGCCGCCUGGCCGCGCUGCCCUACGAGCUCCGCCUGCGCCGCCCGCGGCCCGACUUCGUGCGGCUCGUGACCGACUUCGCCAAGCGGACCGGCGACUUCCCGAGCCUGUCGGCCGCCGACGUGCAGGUGCUGGCGCUCACCUGCCAGCUGCAGGCCGACACCCUCGGGCCCGGCUGCCUCCGCCUGCAGCCCCCGGACAAGGUGCGGCUCAGCUCCAGCCCGCGGCACCCCGAGGCCCCCCUGCACCUCGCCGGCUUCCACCUGCCCAGCAAGCACAAGCGCCCGGGGAAGGGCCAGCGGCAGCCCAGCCCCGAGAGGAGCCAGGAGCCCCCCGAGAGCAACGAGUUCAGCUCCUUCCUCUACUGGAGGACGCCUCUGCCCAGCAUCGAGGACGAGCUGCAGGAGCUGCUGGAAGCCCACGCCGUCUCCAUUAGCCCAGAGACCACCGAGGAGCACCGGAGCCCAGAGGAUGGGGACAGCGCCGAGGAGGAGGAGGAUGAGGAUGAGGAGGAGAGCGAUGACGAAGGUUGGAUAACGCCCAGCAACCUCAAGCAGGUCCAGCAGGACCUGGGGCACUGCGACACUGCGCCCGCUGACAUCCAGGUCGGCUGCGUCACCACCGACUUCGCCAUGCAGAACGUGCUGCUGCAGAUGGGCCUCCACGUGCUGGCAGUGAACGGCAUGCUGAUCCGCCGGGCCAGGAGCCACAUCUUGCGCUGCCACGGCUGCUUCAAGACAACCUCCGACAUGACCAAGGUUUUUUGUCCUCACUGCGGUAACAAGACCCUGAAGAAGGUUGCGGUGAGCGUCAGCGAUGACGGCAGCCUCCACAUGCACUUCUCCCGCAACCCCAAGGUGCUGAACCCCCGAGGGCUCAGGUACCCGUUGCCGGCGCCGCAAGGAGGGAAGCACGCGAACAACCCCCACCUGGUGGAAGACCAGCCCUUCCCGCAGCAGCGGCUGUCCCGCAAGGCCAGGCAGAAGACCAACGUCUUCGACCCUGACUACGUCGCGGGGGUCUCUCCCUUUGCAGAGAAUGACAUCUACAGCCGCGCCGCCAACCUGCACAUCCGCGACGCGGCCCUGGGUGCGGGCAGGAGGCGCCUGAACCCCAACGCCGUGACAAAGAAGUUUGUGAAGAGGAGGUAAAGGGCGGGACAGGGCCCUCCGCAGGGUGCUGUGAGGGAAGGGCCGUCCGCCAGGGCACUGCGCGGUGCCUGGUGGCACCGGGAGGGCGACCCGCCUGCAGCACCGGUGCCCGGCCUUUCCUUCUGAGCUUCUCUGCGUGCCUGAGGGGCAGAGCGACGGGUGACAAGUCUGCUUUGGUGAGGCUUUGACCCGGAGUGCCUGCAGCCCCGGCGCUCGUGGAGGGCAGGGGUUGUGCUGAGGUUUUUGCUCUCCCUGGACUCCCCAGUAACCUGCAGGGCUGAGAAUAAACACACAAAGCUAGA